CAGGACCUCUUGAAUAUAGUUUGUUCUUACCUAGAUGAGAUUGAAGAUAUAUACCCAGGUCUCGGAGUUGAUGCUCUUGCUCUCAUAUUAGACGGAGUGUCUCGGGCGAUCCGAGGAGAGAAAAUAUAUAGGACCAGCAUAGUUAACCCAGUGAGUAGAGUCGAUGGUAGUAUUCAAAAGAGCAAGACCUGGGCCGCUAAGGCAGCAGCCGAGAGUCAUCAAAGCAAGGAGGAUAAACGGGUUAUGAUCCGGCUGGAUAGCAAACAUGAGGGACUUUCACAGAUCAACUAUAGAGAGCAAAGAGCAUCAGUAUGGACGAUGGUAUAUUUAUAA